GAGGCGCACCGCUUCUCGUUCGACGCGGUGGCGGGCGAGGAGGGUGGCGCGCAGGCGGAUCUGUUUGCGCAUGCGCGCCCCCUCGUGCUCUCGGCGCUCUCGGGCGGCCACGCCUGCGUGCUCGCAUACGGCCAGACCGGCUCGGGCAAGACGCACACGAUGGUCGGCAGCGAGGGCUGCCCGGGGGUGGUGCCCCGGGCGAGCGACCUGGUGUGGGACCGGAUCGACGCGACGCCGCAGACGGAGUGGCACGUCUCCCUCACCGCCGUCGAGCUCCACAAUGACCUCUUCAGAGACCUCCUCGCC